ACUCCGUGCUCUUAUUUUGGUAAAGGUCACAUGACUUAUUUCUGUCCCACCAAAAUUAACCCUUCAUGUGAUUGGCUGGAACACUUGACACACACAACCAUGUACGGUGUGUGUGUGUGUGUGCGCGUGUGUCACUUUCAGCAGUGAUCAGAAGAAGACACAGUGUCCGUGAAGGGGCAGGUUGCUGUCAUGUCCAUCUCUCAGAUCACGCCCACCCUGUUCCUGGGCGGAGCCGACUCCUCCCUCAACGCGGCACUCGUGUCUCAGAAAGGCAUCACCCUGAUCAUCAAUGCCACGCUGUGCCAUGCCUGCCCCGCCUACCCAGGGGUGGAGUUUGUGCGUGUGCCCGUCUCUGACUUGCCCAGCGCGCGCCUCGGAGACCACUUCGAUCGAGUGGCCGAGCGUAUCCACGGCAACCGGGCAGGCGGCACGCUGGUGCACUGCGCGGCCGGUAUGAGCCGCUCACCAGCGCUGGUGAUGGCGUACCUGAUGCGUUUCCGGGCCGUGACGCUGCAGCAGGCGCACCGCUGGGUCCAGGAGAGCCGGCCCUACGUCCGCCUCAACUCCGGCUUCUGGGACCAGCUGCUGCAGUACGAGAGGCGACUGUACGGGAAAAACACCGUCAGAGUGGCCGCUGCCCCCAACAUGAUGUCACCGCUGAUGACUGCAGCUUCACCUGUGAUGAGCCGCCCUCAGAUGACCUCUGCCGUCAAAAGGUCAAGAAGAAGAACAAAAUCCAGCAGCGUUAACGUCUGAACACCAUUACCCACAAUGCAACUGCACUCACUUGCAGGAAAGUGACGUGUGUAAAUCACUCACUCUGCCAUACACACACACUCACGCACUCUGACACACACACACACACACACACUCACUCACUCACUCUGCCACACACACACGCACGCACUCUGCCCCCCCCCCCCCCACACACACACACACACACACGCACUCACUCACUCUGCCACACACACACACACGCACUCAUUCACUCUGCCACACACACACACACACACACACUCACCCUGCCACACACACACACACACAUACAUGUUUUCAGGACAUAUCAGGACGUGUGAGAAAAACGUGACAUAUGAGGACGUGCCUUUCCCAGUGACCUAGAGCCCUGGGAAUGAAAAUGCCUCUUGUGGCUGCUUUCAGGAAUGCAUUGAUCUAUUGAGAUUUCGGCUAGGGCUAUAUUUUGGUCAAACCUGAAUUUAAUGCUACUUAUGGGGACAUUGUCAGGUUUAUGUGACAAAUGAGUACCAUGACAUCAAACACUGUUAUUUCAUGUUGUGUCAUUAUAUAUGUAUAUAUACAUAUGUCAGUCAACUGUGAAACCCUUAGAUACACACCAUUUUCAGGUUUUUGUGACUUAUAAAGUCCAAGUAGGGAUAGAGUCAUAAUUUUCAAUUAUAUACGUCUGAAAUAUCUACAUAAUAAUCAUACAUUUAUAUGCUCACUAAUCAGGUAAUCUGGUAAGAACUAUCACAUGUUCAUACAACAAAAAGUGAGUCUACUUAUCAUUGUGUUGGAUUUAUGAAGCAGUAAAUGUUCAAGUGAAAGAAAAUCCUGGGAACACUUUCUGCCUUUCUUACUUUUAAUGAAAAGGCAAGCAAGGCCCAGAAUAGGCUAUGAGCAACACAGAUCUGUGCUGCAGGUCAUGCAGUACACAAGACAUGUUUGUUACAAACAAUAUUUACAUGACAAAUUACACUGUGCACCCAUAACAGGGGAUUUCUUUACAUAAUUUUAAAAAACAUUAAAAAACAUUUUCACAAAAUGUGAUGGUAGACCAGUCUCUGCAACCUGCAAUCUCUCCACUGUGUGUUGAAGCUAUACCCAUAAAGAUGUCCUUGUCGAUAUCUUCAUAAUCCGAAUGAUCGGAGGAAUCAUGAUCCGAUAUCUGAGUGAAAAUUGGAGAACAAAAUGAUCUUAAACAAUAUUAAUAGCAAGGGUAUCCGUCUCCCAACAGUACCAUUACAGUGUGCAUAACAUGGCUUUUGAAACUGAUGAGGCAUUAAAAACAAAUGAUUAAAAUAAA